AUGAAUUUUACAAUCCAUGAAGGGAUUACAGGAGAAGACCUAUUCUGGGAUAUGCCCAACCCUAACCCAAAAAAUCAAUUAUCCAACAAUUCUAAAAACCCUAAUGAUCAAUCAACAUCCAAGAUCUACCAAGAUAAUCAAACAGAUACAAACAAAAAUCCUGAAGACACUAACAUAGAUAAUAUAACAUCAUCAGAAAUUACUGAUGAUUUAAUGUCAGAUAAUGAAACAAUUGAAUAUGAUACCUCUAGCAUAGACACAAAUCAGGAAGAAACAGAUCACAAUCUAAUAAUAAUUCAACUGGAUCUUUUCAACAAACUAAUAAAAAUCGAGAAGAAAGAAAAAGAUAAUGUUUUCAAAAUGAUCAAAAUCAAAUUAGGUUGGGCUUAUUUCAAUCAAAUUGGAUGGAAAAACAUCAACCAUUCAGAUACCAUCAGAAAGCUACAAUAUAUUGCUGGUUUCAUAGUAUUACCUGUAUUACCAGAAAAUCCUGGAGAAUUAACAGUGGAAUGGAAAAAGAUCUUCCCAAUCAAAAAAUAUUCAAUGUUAAAGGAGUUAAGGAAAAUAAGAGAAAAAUCAAGGAUAGUAAAUGAAUUAAGAGAAUACUACUUAUUCCAAAAAUUACCAAACAAUUAUUUUACUCCUAAACCAAGGCUACCCAACUCACCAGAUAAAACAACUUUUAAUUAUAACUUUCCAAUCACUGAACAAAAUACUGUCAAUGAAUUCAUCAAAGAAGCAAGAAGAAAAUAUGAAAUCACAUUCUCUAUUAAUAAAAAAUGGAUAAAUCUAAGUAAAAAAUAUUUCUUUGAAAGGAUACCUGAUGAGUGGAUAUCAAUAGAAAAGGCAAAUGACAAUAUUGAUACAUCUGUUUUAGAAAAUGAUACCAAAAUUAUAAUACCAAACAUAGAAAAAAAACAGUUACUUGAUUUAACAAUAACAAAAGAACUUAACAAUUAUAACGUAGAAAUUACAAUACCUAUUACUGAUGACAAAAAAAUUUAUCAAACAACCCAAUCUUAA